UCAGCUUCUUGUUUCAGGCGACGAUGACUAGCAGCAACUGCAGAUUUCUGUUAAAAAAUGGCUUGAUUCCGAAUUUGGCAGAAAACCCAUCGGUAACAACCUUACUUGAAGCCCACCAAGGUGCAUAUACAACAACUAGAACUCACAGUGAUGGUUCACUGUUGUUGUUUUGGGAAAGGCAUAUGAACAGACUCUCUAAUUCUCUAAGAAUUCUCUUGAACUCUAACCCAGAACUUUUAUUCAAUUCAGAAGCAUGUAGAGUCCCUUUUUCCUUUGUUUCAACAAAACCAACCAUGUGGGAUUCAUUGGUUCAAUCUCUUGUGGAUGAUUCAAUGAGAAAAGCUCUGCCCCUUGUAUUGGACAAAAGAAGAAGUGGGGAGGAAUUGGCCAUUACAUGUCUUGUCAGUGGAAAUGUUGAUAGUUUGGAGGAACUUGAGGAAAAAUUUUCUACAGCUUUUGAUGUUUAUGUCCAUGUUGGUUCCUAUGUUCCUCCACUCUUUGGUAUCCACCAAAAUAGAGCACGUUUGGCAGUUGUAGGUCGUGGUAGGGGCGUAGCAAAUGCCAAAUACUCAGAUUGGGUUAGGCAAAGGAAACAAUUGGAGAAGCUGAGGCCACCUUAUGUCAAUGAGCUCCUGUUGUCAAACAAUGGCGAUCAGAUCUUAGAGGGUUGUUUGACAAAUCUUUUUGUCGUUUGCCACAAGGAUGUUAAUGGUGAUUAUCACAAGUCUAGCCAAAGAGACAAUGAAUCUACAGUUUCAAUUGAAUUGCAGACUGCCCCUAUAAGAGAUGGUGUCCUUCCAGGCGUUGUACGCCAAGUAAUUCUUGACAUAUGCUCAAGAAACAAAAUCCCAGUCAGAGAAAUUGCACCUUCAUGGUCAGAGCGUGAAAUGUGGUCAGAAGCAUUCAUUACAAGUAGCUUGAGGCUAUUGCAGCAUGUGGAAGUUAUUCAAGCUCCUAGUUCAUGGGAAUCACUUGAUACACAAACUUGGACUGAUGUAACUUGGGAGGAGAAGCGAUUUGAGAAUGCUCCUGGACGGAUCACUGCAUUCAUCCAGAAGGCGGUCAUGGAAAUGGCAAGCAUGGAAGGGUAUCCAGUUUCUCUAUUUGAUUACCGGUAGAUCUUUCCCUCUUAUUAUUGUGGUACGAUUGAUUGAA